GCGUGAAAUCUCGGUGUCACGCCGCCCAAACAAAAACACACUUCCAUCCGUCUGCCACCCCACGCGCAAUCAAUAACUUCAUCUCCAACAUGUUUUUGUUUAUCUCUAUAUCUCUCUCCAUGUAAAUGAAUUUAUUACAUUAUUCUUCUGUGUUUCUUUUCUGAACAACAAACGCACAUCCCACAGUUCCUCUAGGUACAUCCUCUCCCUUAUAUAAAUACCUCUCUUUCUCUCUUUCUAAUAGCCAUAUCUACCCUUCUUCUCUUUUUCUUCUUUCUCUCAAACCAUCCUCAUCUUUUGAUCUCUCUUAGCUCAAGAUCCAACAAUUGAAGGAUGACAUCACCCCAGUUUUCUGAGAGAUCUUCAAUGGCGGAGAUGGAGUCAUGCGUCCCACCAGGAUUUAGAUUUCAUCCAACAGAGGAAGAACUUGUAGGAUAUUACCUCAAGAGAAAGAUAAACUCACUCAAAAUCAACCUCGAUGUUAUUGUCGAGCUAGAUCUUUACAAAAUGGAACCAUGGGACAUACAAGAUAGAUGCAAACUAGGAUAUGAGGAGCAGAAUGAGUGGUACUUUUUCAGUCACAAGGACAAGAAGUAUCCGACAGGAACGAGAACGAAUAGAGCAACAGCAGCAGGAUUCUGGAAAGCGACAGGGAGGGAUAAGGCAGUGAUGUCGAAGAACAAGAUCAUUGGUAUGAGGAAGACCCUUGUCUUCUACCAGGGUCGUGCCCCUAAUGGCCGGAAAUCUGACUGGAUUAUGCAUGAAUAUCGCCUUCAAUCUUCUGACCAUGCCCCUCCUCAGGCAAAAGGAUGGGUAGUGUGCAGAGCAUUCAAAAAGCCAAGUCCUAGUCAUGUGAGGGCAGGUUUUGAAGCACAGUGCUAUCUCAGAGACCAGAUCAGCCAUGGAAGGCCUUUGAUGAUCUCUUCAUUUUCAGAGAUUCUGAAUCAAACCCAUCCUUUGCUGACGGCUCAUCCAAAUAAUAACAAUAACUCUCAAGGCAUAUGCCUAAGUCCCCAUGAUCAUCAUCAUCACCAGCAACCUUUCAUCAGUUUGGAUCAGCUGAUGCAGAACCAACAACUUGUUGAUCUCCCUCAACUAGAUAGCCCUAGUGCUGCCUCUCUCACACCAGCUAGUUUGGGAAUAGGACAAAACAACCUUAAUAUUGGGGAAGAAUAUUACAGUGAUGACGUGGAAAGCUUGGACAACCUGUUUGCAUCGAAUCUGACAGAUACAACUUCGUCUGCUGCUGCUUUCUUUGGACACUCGAACUUGCCCAUGAUGAUGAUACCUCAUAACAACGAAUUCUAAUAAUGCCUCACCACAAUCAAGCAUAGCCAAGCCCUAGGAUGCUUUCCUGAUUCAUAGUGUUUUUUCCCCCUAGGAUUUCAUCUUUCAUAUAUAUAUAUAUAUAUAUAUAGCCAAUAAAAUAAUUGUCUGAAGCCACUACUAUUGAUUAAGGUUAUAAAUGCCUAUUAUUCAUUACAUAACAUAUAUAUACGCUGAUUUAGAAGUUGUUGGAGAGAGAAAACUUUAUCGUUAUAGGUGACAUAGAAGAUGACUUGAAAAGUGAUCCAAUGUAUCCCUUCUGUGUUAACGAAGAAGGUUCAAAUAUAGGAAGUUUAAUAACUUCUUUUUUUUCAAAAAUUGUUGUACCCUGUUUGUGUCAGAUCAGAUCGGUCGUAAAUGUAAAUUCUCUUUAUUGGAUGCAUACAAUGAAUGGUUUGUU